UGGGGACGCAGGAUCUAUGGUGAGCGUUGCACAUGGGAAGGUAGAGAUCGGUGUGACUGUGACAUUUCGAUAUACAGAGUCUCUUAAGCUGUUGCUUCUCGACAAGAUCCACCUGCUCUACCUAGAGGCACUUUCUAAGCUGCCUAGGGAUAGCUUGCGCAAACAUCACCAUUGCAACCUUCUCAGGGCUGGUUAUUGCUAUGGUCUGAUGGAACCUGUCUCCAACAUCAUUUUCAACACCAUCUGGUAUGACUCUGUAAUCUCCACGCAGCAUGAGUAUGCGCUUGAUUUUGAGGUGGACAUGAUAUGCACCAAUGCCCUUAUGCGAAUUGAGUGCUGCUCCCUCUAUGGCCUUAUUGCCUUCCUCCGCCGCCUCUUCCGCCAUCUGACUGAGCAUGAUGCCAUCUGGUUCCUGCUCAAGAGCAAUGCUGAUGUUUGGUCAGCCAUCGACAUAGCAGAGCAACAUGGUCAUCAUAUGUCUGAUGUGUACCUCAAUGCCUUUAGGGAAGCAGCUGUUAAUUCAUGGCACCCUCACCCUAAAGCGCUGGAGAAAUUCAUCCUGGAAGCCCUGAACAUGAAUUCGACUGAGCUGUCAUUGAUGCUGACCCAUGCAGUCAAGAACUGCAGAUUUGAGGGACUAACCAUGUCUUUGUCACCCAAAUCUUCACCUACCAAGUCAGAUGAGCAGGUUCAACAACUGGACAAGUUGGCCUCGAGUUCGGAGUUCUUAUCUGAAAACCAAAAAAUGUUCAUUUCAGAGAUUCAGAAAAAAUUUAAGGCUGACCAAAAUUUCUAUGUCAGGAAGGUCAAAGCUGCGUUGAAGAGCUACUCCCAGAAACAAGGGGUGCACUACGAACUUCAUGUUAUUUGUGGUGUGAAUCCUCGUGCGGUCAAGGGUGGAACUGCUGAUCUUUUUAAGAAAAAGGGCAAAUUUGAAUACUCCCACAUCAACUUUUGGGCAACACGUGAGGGAUCAAAUUCUGCUGCCACAGAUCCAGUACUGUUCUUCGCUGAAUGCAGCAAUGAUGAUGAAGAUGACAAGGAAACACCUCCCCUGUGCGUCCCAGUAUUUAGUUCUUGGAUAUCUGAUGUUCGCUGCUUCCACUGUGAGUUUCUAGUGAAAAAAAUUGUUCACCCAUAUCAUGAAUCAUAUUAUGGGUGUUACGACGACUUUGUUGGAAUGGCUCGUGGAGAACAUAGCAUUUGUAAUGAAGAGAUUAUCAGUGCAUGCGACUUCCAUGCUGAUAUGAUGUGCACAUUAAAAGAGGAUUGGAUCUUUUUUGAUCCCAACAUGGAUGCUAUGAUUGCUCGAGCGAAUCCCAUUAAGAAUUGGGCUACGGAAAUGCUGAAAUGGAAGAACAGAAUCUUUUGACAGUCAUGCUCGGUCUUUUUUUUUUCCGAGACAGAUCAGAUGGACUCUUGAAAUUGAGAUUCUUGAAGAGCUUUCCUGGGAG